UAUGUCUGAGACGUGUCAGUUGUCAAUGUGAAAAUUUACCGAAUUUUAUUAAAUAGAAAUAAUUUAUAAAUUGAAUAAUAUAUUUUUGAAAUGUUAUCAUCUUCAUCGCAUAAUAUGUCAAAUAAUAGUUCUUAUUCAAAUGAUCGGGGAUCUAGUUUUGAAACUGAAUAUGCAGUUGACCCUGCUUCAGGAGGAUUUUUUCACACAGAUUUUAAAAAACAUGAUGAUCUUAAAGAAAUGUUGGAUUCAAAUAAAGAUAGCCUCAAACUGGAGGCAAUGAAGCGCAUAAUUGGGAUGGUUGCAAAAGGUCGAGAUGCUUCCAUGUUAUUUCCAGCUGUAGUUAAAAAUGUUGUUUCAAAGAACAUUGAGGUAAAAAAACUGGUAUACGUAUAUCUAGAACGAUAUGCUGAGGAGCAGCAAGAUCUUGCUCUGUUGUCCAUAUCAACAUUUCAGAGGGCUUUAAAAGAACCAAAUCAAUUAAUAAGAGCUGGUGCUUUGAGAGUGUUAUCUAGUAUAAGAGUUAAAAUGAUUUCACCAAUUGUGAUGCUAGCUAUAGGAGAUGCUUCUUCUGAUAUGUCACCAUAUGUGAGGAAAACAGCAGCCCAUGCAAUACCCAAAUUAUAUAGUUUGGAUCCCGAGUUAAAAUCUGAUUUAGUUACAAUAAUACAGAAACUACUAGCUGACAAAACUGUACUGGUAAUAGGAUCUGCAGUAAUGGCUUUUACUGAGGUGUGUCCAGAGAGAGUUGAUUUAAUCCACCAAGUGUAUAGAAAAUUAUGUGCCUUGUUAGUAGAUGUAGAUGAAUGGGGUCAAGUGACAAUUGUCAACAUGCUUACCAGAUACGCUCGCAGCCACUUUGCUGAUCCAAAUUUCCAAGACAACGAGAAUUCUGAUAAGGAAUUUUAUGAUUCCGGGUCUGACACAUCAGAAAAACCAGCCACUAGUUUAGAUCCAGACCAUCGUUUGCUUUUACGAUCAACUCGUCCACUUCUUCAAUCUAGAAAUGCAGCUGUUGUAAUGUCAGUGGCCCAAUUAUACCAUCAUGCUGCUCCAAAAAGUGAAAAUCCGCUAGCAGCCAAAGCUUUAGUAAGACUGCUAAGGUCACACGUUGAAGUGCAGAGUGUCGUACUCAAUGCAAUUGCUUCAAUAAGCGCUAAAAAUAAGGGCAUGUUCGAACCUUACCUUAAGACUUUCUUUGUAAGAACUUCAGAUCCGACAAAUAUAAAGUUAUUGAAGUUGGAGAUACUUACAAAUUUAACAACAGAUUCUAAUGUUUCUGUUAUAUUGAGGGAAUUGCAGACUUAUAUUUCAAAUAGUGAUAAACAUUUUGUCGCAGCCACGAUACAAGCUAUUGGACGAUGUGCCUGUUCUAUUUCUGAUGUCACAGAUUCGUGCCUUAAUGGUUUGGUUUCUUUAUUGUCUAAUAGAGAUGAAGCUGUAGUUGCAGAAAGUGUAGUUGUCAUUAAAAGACUGUUACAAACUCAAGCUGCUGAUCCAAAAGAAAUUAUUACUCACAUGGCAAGACUGCUGGAUAGCAUAACAGUAGCCCAAGCACGAGCUGCCAUUUUAUGGCUACUUGGAGAACAUUCACAGAAAGUUCCGCAAAUUGCUCCAGACAUACUUAGAAAAAUGGCUAAGACUUUUUCAGAUGAGAAUGACAUUGUGAAGUUACAAGUGAUGAAUUUAGCCAUUAAAUUAUAUAUAACUAACCCAGAACAGACUUCUUUAUUAUGUCAGUACAUUUUCAAUUUGGCACGUUAUGAUCAAAAUUAUGAUAUUAGGGAUAAAGCGAGACUACUUAAGCAGUUCGUACCAGCCCAAGAUGGUAAAUUAAAAUCGCAAGCUUUGAGGAUAUUUUUAGCCAGCAAGCCUGCACCUUUGCUUCAGUCACAUUUUAGAGAUAGUGAAGAUUUGCAACUUGGGUCCUUAUCUCAUUACAUUAAACAGAGAGCUAAUGGAUAUGAACCUUUACCACCCUUUCCUGAACAUCCCCCUUCUGGAGAUGUCAGAAAUGUUGAGUCUGCAGCUACUGAAGAAAAUAAAUCUUAUAAAAAAUCGGACAAAAAGGGUAAAGAAAUGUUCAUGUGGGAAUCAGAAGCUAGUUCUGGAGGCAACACCAGUUCUUCUGAAAGUUCUAGUAACGAAUCUUCCAGUGAAGGAAGUAGUGGUAGUGAUGAAGAAGAAUCUAGUGAAGAAGGAUCUUCUGAGGUAGAGGAGGAAGAGGAAGAUUCUGGAAAGAAAAAAUAUUCAUCAUCUGAGGAAUCUGAAUCUUCAUAUGAAGAAUCGAGCUCAGAUAAUGAUGAAACAGUUGUUAAGAAGAUAACAAAUCACCAACCAGCCAAAGUUAUAGAAGAAAAUACAACAAACAAUGUGGUGGAGAACAAAAAAUCUAAUUUGGAUUUACUACUUGAUUUUUGUGAUGCUAGUAACGAAGCUCCAGUUAUGACUCCAUCUUUGGGUGGCUUCUUUACUCCAAGUACUCCGAUUGAAGCUCCCUUAACAAUGCAAAGUGUACAGCCAGUGUUCACGAAUACUAAGCCUGUAGAACUAUUAAACCGAAUUAAUGGCAGAGGAUUAUCAGCAACAUACAGGUUCACUCGUAGCCCUCAUUUAUAUUCACCCAGCAUGGCAAAUAUUAACAUAAUUUUUGUUAAUAACACAAAUGAGGAUAUUAAUGACAUUCGUCUAGGAAGAAAGAAUUUGGCUGUAGGAAUGACUGUCCACGAUUUUGCUUGCAUUCCAAAACUUCCUCCGAACUGCUCGCUUCCUGCCACUUUGGGUAUCGAUUUCAAUGACACCACACAACCAGCUAAUUUUGAAAUUGUAUCUUCCAUAGGAAAUUUUAAUGUUUGUAUAAAACCAAAGAUAGGCGAGUUGCUUAGACCUGUUAAAAUGCCUACAAAUUUGUUUAUGGAAAAACAAGGUAAACUUCGUGGCAUGAAUGAACAUGUUACUGCAUUGCCCCAGUGCCCCACAAAUAUUAUCGAACGAAUUAAUGAAACGACAAAUCUAGGGCCAUGCGACAACUUUGAAAAUGAAUAUUUUAGGUUUUCAGGUCAAACCAUGACCUCGUCGAAUCUGACUCUUGUAACUAUUCAUAAAGGUGAAACAUCAACGUUGACAGUAAAUUGCGAGAAUACGAUUUUUGGUUCUGUUAUGCUCAAUGAAUUGUUAAGCAGUCUCAGUUCAUAGGAGUUAUUUUUUGUUACUUACAUUAAGUUUAAAAUUUUUAUCAGUUUGUGUUUGUCGUCUUACAUUGUGUAGAGACAUUCCCGAUUCGUACAUUAAGAAAAAGCUAUUUUUUAAAGAACUAUUUAUUUAGUUUAAGAUUACCUAAUAAUAUUAGAUAUACAGUAUGUAUUUACUGUUUUUUCUAUGAUGUUUACUUUGUCAAAAGUAUGUGUGCACAUUAUUCAUACAUUAUGGAUACAUUUUCAACAGAAAGCCUCACAAAAAUUGCCCAGAUAAGAAACAAGAUUUUUUAAAUCAAAAUUUUUUACAAUUUUAACCUUAAAUAUAAUUUAAAUAUACAGGGUGGCUUUUUAAAAAAUUGUUAUAGUGACGCAUUUUUAUAUCGUUCUGUAUAAAAUGGAAUGUAUGCAGAGAACAGCGAAAAGCAAAGCAAAGCCAAUAUUUUGUCAGAAAAAAAUUGAAUAUAGUGUAAACUUUAAAUACAUACUAUAUACGCUAUUGUAAGUCCUGUUAUAAUUUUUAUACUUUUUUGUUACCCAAUAUUAACGUUAGUUUUCCUUUUAUAUUGUCAUCUGUUUAUAGCUGUUCUUACUUUUU